CGGGCGGCUCCCUCUGUGGUGCCACCGGCGUGGGCGGGGGAGCCGCUUCCCCUUCCGCUGCCCUUGUUGCCCGCGGGAGGUGACAGGACCAACAGCCGCGAUGUGGCGGAACGUGCUGGCUCUUCGCCAAAUUUCCCAGAGAACCAUAAGCACUGCUUCACGCAGGCAGAUUGAAAAUAGAGUUCCUGAGCAUCAGAAACUUUUUCAGGAGGAUAAUGGCCUCCCAGUGCAUCUUAAAGGUGGUGCAAAGGAUGCUCUGUUGUAUAGAACCACCAUGGUUCUAACGACGUUUGGAACAGUCUAUACUAUUUAUCAUCUGGUUGUCUCUUCAAUGCCCAAGAAGCAGAAAUGAUUCCAGUUCAGGAUGCCUCAGUGACUAACAUCUCUUUGUCCAGUUCCACGUGACUAUGGUGGCAGCUUAUACUUAUUAUAAGCAGCUGGCUGAAUGCUUGGAAUCAUAAAUUAAUUGUAACAUGUUAACUGCAAUCAAUAAAGCAGUUUAUACGUGG